GCGGGGACACCUGAGCCCUGGCCGUGCUGCCCAGGUCUCCACAAGCCCCCGACCUGGCAGAUGUUGCCCCUGGGGAGGGUGUUUGGUGCUGGCCAGAUGCAGGGGGGUCAGGAUGUGUCCCUGGUCCCUAGAGCAUCACCCUCACAGCUCCUUCUCCCCAGGCAGGGGCGGGAGAAGGGGCUCUGCUGCCCGCCAGCGCCGCUCCAGGGAGCCAGGCAGGAAGGUGCUUCUCCCCAUGGCAGCCGGCCCCCCCCCCGUAACGCCAGCCAAACUGGACACCGCGGUCCCACGAGAGAACCCCCCCGGCCAGUGCCCGCCCGCCCGCCACCUCCAGCCCAGCCCGGACUCGCCCGUCGCUGCUCUGCCCCACACCAGCCCCACGUCCCACGGGCCGGCCACUGGCAGACGCCGCGAUGCCGCGACCGUCACCGACCUGUGCAGCAGGGAUGUCCCCGAGGUGGAGAUCAUCAGCCUGCUGGGCGAGCGGCUGCCCCGCUACACGCUGCGGGCUGACACUGUCUUCGGCUACGACCACGACGACUGGCUGCGUGCCCCCCCUGGCCCCCCAGAGCCCGCGGCCCCCCUCACCCCCCGGCAGAUCGAGGAGACCCUGCAGUACUUCCUCCUGUGCACUGAGCGGGUGGUCAGGAUCACGAAGACCUACCACGACAUCGAUGCCGUCACCAACCUGCUGGAGGAGAGGGAGCGGGACCUGGAGCUGGCGGCGCGCAUCGGGCAGUCCCUGCUGAAGCAGAACCGGAGCCUGACCCAGCGCAACGAGCUCCUGGAGGAGCAGCUGGAGUUGGCCAAAGAGGAGAUCGCGCAGCUGCGCCACGAGGUCUCCAUGCGGGAUGACCUGCUCCACUUCUACACCACCACGACAGAGGAGAGCGAGCCCACCUCCGCCACCUCCACGCCCCUGUGCCGGCACGAGUCCUCGCUGUCCCUGCAGCAGUACUUCCAGUACGACACCCUGCAGCAGAAACUCAAGUGCCUGGAGGAGGAGAACCAGAAGCUUCGCCUGGAGGCCACCAACAUCGCAACCAAGACCUGCCAGUACGAGGACCGGGAGCAGCAGCUGAUGAUCGACUGCGUGGAGCAGUUCUCUGAAGCCAGCCAGCAGGUCGUUUACCUCUCGGACGAGCUGGCCCGCAAGGCAGAGGACACGGUGCGGCAGCAGGAGGAGAUCAGCCAGCUCCUGGCGCAGGUCGUGGACCUGCAGCAGAAGUGCCGCACGUACGUCUCGGAGGUGGAGGAGCUCCAGCAGCACCUGGCCGUGGCGAAGGAGGUGCAGCAGCAGCUCCGGAUGGAGCUGCAGGAUCUGCAGGAGAAGUACGCCGAGUGCGGCGGGAUGCUGCAGGAAGCCCAGGAGGAGGUGAAGAACCUGCGCAGCCGCAGCCUCCCCAACAGCACCGUGAGCCGCUACGGCGCAGCCAGCCUCCUGCCCGUGGACUCGCUGGCAGCUGAGAUCAAGGGGAUGAUGAGGAAGGGCACAGACAGCUCCUCCUCGGACUACAGGAGCUACCUGCGCGUCUUUGAGACGGUGAAAGUGGUGAACCAGGCGGCCAAAGCCAAGACUUGCUUCGAGUCUCCCCACAACACGCCGGGCUCCAAGCCGUUAUCAGCUGCCCCUUCCGGGGGGGCCAGCACCCCCCGCACCUUCUGCUCCGGCUCUGAGGGCGCCCGGGGUGAGGGGUCCGGGGAGGGGCCCCGGGCGGCCCCGGGCCGGCAGGACCUGGAGGCAGCGGUGCAGCGGCUGUCGGCGCGGCAGCAGAGCCAUGCCUCGGAGGAGCGCUCCUUCUUCGAGGCGGAGCGGGAGCGCAAGCUGUGGCGGCUGAGGGACGGGGAGAGCUCCAGCGGCUUCCUCACCCCCAGCGAGAGCAUCGUCUCCGCUGGGACCAACCACUCGGGGGGCUCAGAGCUCACGGCCGGCUCCGGCUUCUCCCUCGGCUCCCUCACCUACCUGCCUGACAAGCUGCAGAUCGUGAAGCCCCUGGAAGGCUCUGUGACCCUCCACCACUGGCAGCAGCUGGCGCGGCCCAACCUGGGCGGGAUCCUGGUGCCCCGUCCCGGGGUGCUCACCAAAGACUUCAGGCAGCUGGACACCGACCUGGAGGAGGUCUACAGCCUCCACGACCUGGAGGAGGACGAUGUGGACGCCAGCUCCUUCCAGCUGCUCCCUACCUCAGUGCCCACCAAAGCCAAGGAGCGCCGCGGGGUGUUCCUCUCUGUUAACAACCUCCCCCAGACCCCAUCUACCUUCACCAUCACUACCUGCCACAUCCUCCACCCCACCACUGAGAUCACCACGGUGACACCCAGUCUGUGUAACGCCGUUGUGCCUUCUUGUGGGCCCUUUGAGGGGCUGAGCCGUGGCAGCCCUUCGCCAGAGCCGUCUUCCCCUAUGCUGGCACCUGGCCCUGGACCCCCGAGCACCCCCCGGGGACUCAUCAGGCUCUUGCUGGUGCGGGGCAUCUCCGCCUCCGUGCCAGGGACUGGGUCGCGAUGGGCCCCUCCGCUCCUCUCCCCGGACCUGCAGCAGGCUGACACCCGGCCCUUCCCUGCGCCCGGGGGGCAGGACGGACCCUCACCCAGGAGCAGCAUCUUCAGCUUGAACCUGGUGGAGAAGCUGCAGCGCCUGGGCCUGGACAAGGUGGUGGCUCGAGGGGAGAUGUCCUGCGCCCGGGGGGAGCCCAGGGCACGCUGACGUGAUGCUGCUGCAGAGCCCCCAAGCUCAGGAUGAGACGUGUCGUCCUCAUCACCCGCCCCUGGGGGAGCGGAGAUGGGACGGGCAGCUCCGGGUGCUGCCCCGGGGCCCGGCAGCCCCCCCAGCACCGGCGCGCGGGGGCUUUGCCCUGGCUGCGAGGACGCGGUGCUCCCCGGCCCCGUGUGACGCUGUGGCAGGGGGGCCAGGUGCCGGGAGCGUGGGGUGAUGCCGGGGGCUCUGGGGGAGCCAGCUCCGGGCAGGGGGUGCCGGCUGACCCUGUCCCCCAGUGUGGGGGUGCGGACCCUUCGCAGGAGCCCGUUGCUGGUAAUAAAAACUCUUUCUGCUUCUGCUGAGGGGCAGCUUGGUGCUUUGGGGCUCUCCGGGCUCCUGCAGCGCAGGGUGAUGCUCGCUCGGUCCGGGGGGGGACCCGCCUGUGCCAGGGGGAGACACCCCCAGCCCAGCCUGGGCCCCUGGCCAGCAUCUGGGCUGGUUUUUAAUGGAAAUGGUGGUUUUAAAGUCUUUCCUGCCCGUAGAAUAGCAGAAUAGCAGCAGCCCCCCUAGCUCAGGGUGGCCUGUGGUGGGUGUUUCUCGGGGUGUAGCUGUUGCUCCCGGCGGCUGCGUCCCUCGCCCCCGGCCAGGCCCCUGUCCCCGUCAAAUAAAUGGGAAGUCACAAA